AAAGUGGAACUAGUCGUGUUCAACACUUGCAGCUUUGUGUUGUGGCUUUUCGUUAGUGUCGUUUCUGGUAAGCUGGUGGUGGUUGAAGUCGCAUUUUGAUUAUCGUACGUAUCCGUGCCGUGUACUGUAAUUUACUUUUAAAGGAAGGGAUUACAAUGGCCGAAGCGCAGAAUAUGUCUGUAGCACCGAGACUGGAAUGCGUCGACAGAGUUAGGACGCUCCCUGUUGUUGAAAUGGCGUUGAAUCAAUCUGCUGAUAUGUAUAACAGGGUUAAAGGAUCUAAUAGUGUCAUUAACUGGACAUUAUCUACUGCUGAAGCAACAGUGAAUAAGGCAAUGGAACAUGCUGCUCCAUUGGCGAAGAAACUGGAACAACCCAUUCAAAUGGUUGAUGGAACGCUAUGCAAAGGACUUUCGCUGGUGGAAGAAAGAUUACCAAUUAUCAAAGAACAGCCGCAACAGAUAUAUGAAACAACAAAGAACUAUGUUGCUGCAACUUUACGGCCAACCUGCAGCAAAGUGUCAACAGUGAAGGAUGCUGGUGUGCAGAAAGCAAAGAGCCUGAAAGAGCUCAGCUGGAACAAGGCAAAUGAGUUGUUGAGCACAAAGUAUGGCCUUGCUGCUGUCACAACUGUUGACAGCACUGCAGCAGUAGCGGAAAAAUACUUGGACUACUAUUUCCCACCUGGUGAAGAUGAGAAGCAAGCAGUUCCAGUUUCCUCUAAAGAAGACAAGGUUGCUCAUACUGUUAGUACAGUGGGCCGUUUAUCCAGUAAACUUGCACAACGUGUAUACAGUACACUUGUAAAACAAGUUCAGAAUCUGAACAGAGAAAAUGUACAAGAGUAUAUAGCUUCAUUGAUAGCUGUUGUACAACUUACAAAUUAUAUAAAUGCAUAUCUUAAACCAGCUGAAGUAAAAUCGGAACAAGAGAAACCAGAGAGCCAAGAUGUUUCUUCAUGAAGGAAGUGUAGAAAAUUGUAUAAAAUUUGCAUGUUAAGACUGAACAUAUUAUUUAACAAUAUUUCAUUAUUUAUGUAAUUUUAUGGUUAUUAAAAAUUUUGCAAGAAAA